CAUUGCCGCAGGUCAACGUAUUGGGUAGCCAUCAUCAUCAUCAUCGUCGUCAUCAUCACCAUCUUAUUCGGGGAGGGACCAGUCUACAAGCAACAAGGAGAGAGCCCAAACUUCAAAGCUUCUCUUUCUUCAGUCCUUCAUUUUCGGAAUUGACAUACUUUUAAAAAGGAAGCGAAUCGUCUUCAACCAUGACUCUCGAGGGGGGAAUGAGAUGCGUCAAGUACUUGCUCUUCUUUUUCAACUUCAUCUUCUGGUUAUGUGGCCUGGCACUGAUCGUGGUGGGCGUGCUGGUGCAGGUGUCCUUACACCAGACAGUCAUGAUGAAGGACGCGUCGGCCUCGGGAGCGCCCAUCGUCAUCAUCGCCAUCGGCGUGGUCAUUUUCUUUAUCUCCUUCUUUGGUUGCUGCGGCGCUUGGAAGGAAAACUACUGCAUGGUUACCAUGUUCUCCAUCCUUCUCUCGUUGGUCAUCCUCGUGCAGAUUGCAGCGGCCAUCGCCGGUUAUAUCUUUAGAAACAAAGUGUCCAGUGUGGUCCAAGACAGUUUGGCGGAUAUGAUUUCCAGGUACAGCAACAGCUCGGAGGAAUUCAAAGCCAGCGUGGAUUCUCUACAGAAGGAGUUGAAAUGCUGCGGCAUGAACGGCUCCUCCGACUGGCGCGACUUCCGCCCCGAUGGGAAUUCCGUGCCCGACUCGUGCUGUGUGAACGUGUCAGUCAAUUGCGGUGUCGGGGCCAUGGCUGACUCUGCUAAAGUGCACCAAGAGGGUUGUCGCACCGCACUGGAGGCUCUUUUGAAGAAAAACAUCCUGUGGGUGAUCGUCGCUGCUCUCGUCCUCGCUUUUAUUGAGAUCAUGGGCGUUGUGUUCGCCUGCUGUUUAAUGCGAGGCAUCCGCAGUGGCUACGAAGUCAUGUGAGACGCUCGGCGAGGGAGACCGCUCACUUCAAUUCGUUUGCACGGAAUCGUCAUCCUUGUCUUGAAGGCACGCAACAUCCAAUUCUUAGGCACAACACUGUCCUCUUUGAUGUCACAAUGGUUCAGCAUGAAUAACGUAUUUUCCAGACUAUCAGUCGCUUUGUAGUAUUAAUCGAACUAGUCAAAGAAAAAACAUUAAGGCACACCGGACUAUAGAUUGAAUUUUAAGAGGAAAAUGUACCCUAUGUUGUCUAUCAUUUGCCGCCAAGUAGCUCAAACACAGUCACUCGUAUUACUAGAGAAUCAAAAGACCGGUUCAAACGAACUGAAUAGGUGCCAAAACCACAGUAUUGACAGUCGUGAAUAAACUGUGCUGCCGCUAGUGCUAAUUUAACUCUUGUAUUGUGUUAAAAUUCUGGCCAUAUUUUUGCUAGUAGAUCAAAUUUUAUCUGAUGUAACUCAGACAGAAAAUAUGAAACCUUUGCAGUAUAUUGUUUAAGUUUAGGUAUGUAAAAAGUAUCAUUAAUUUUUGCAUACCCAAACUUGAAAACAGGUUUGAUCUGAACACAAUACGAGGGAUUAGCAUCCUUUAGUUUAGCGAGCUACUAUGUUGCAGCACUAAGUUUCAGCUUUAACUUUUGUAGCACACGCAAAGCCUUUUACUCAUGCUCAUAUCACAGUCCCGUUAGCUUAGCCUAGCUCUCUACAUUAGCUCCCUAAAAGUCCAUCGAACUAGUAAAAAAAAAAUCUCACAAACAUAGAUAUGGCACAUCGGACUUCAAGUCGAAUUUUUAGAGGAAAUUAUACCGUAUGUUGUCCUCUAUUUGUCGCCAAUUAGCUCAAACGCAGUCACUAGUUUUACUUCGGUAGUAAAAGAGCCGUUCAAAGGAAUUGAAUAGUUGCCAAAACUACGGCACUGAACAUCAUGAACACAGUGCUACUGCUAACAUACAAUAAGCACACUUUAGCUUAGCAAGCUAUUACAUUGCAGCACAGCAGCGUAUUGCUUUCUCCAUGGUUGGUUAGUAGAACAUUUCAAAAGAUGUCAAAUUCCAUAUUUUAACAUUAUGGCAGAAGGUGACUUGAAGUUCCGCUCUGAAACCCCCAAUUUGGCCUUCAAAAAUGUCCUAUAUGCAUGUGUGAUACGUCAUUGGAAAGCUUAAAAUCUCAAUUUUCUGGGAAAAGAAACAUUUUGAACAGGAGGGCAUUUAAAAAAUGAAUAAACAUUUCUAAACAGCAAAACCCUAUCUGGAGGUGAGAGCAUGUGAGAGCAUAAUUAAAGACGCCAUGAUUUUAACGAGAUAUUAUCGUGUACUUACCUCUUUUCGAUCCGAAAACUCCAUGUAGCAUGUAUCACCGAGUGUAAAGACACAAAUGUGAAUGGAUUUUUGGGGGAUUUUAUGGGUCAAACAUGGUAAUAUAACAUGAGUCGCAAGGCAGAAAUCGCAGACAUCAAGGAGUGGUCGAGAUUAUUUUCACAUAUUUACCCUUUUAAACGCUUGUUUUCAAAUUUUGUUUGUUUUGAUCGAUGAUUUAUCAUCUAAAAUAUUGGGGAAAAUGCGUAAAAAAAUACUAAUAAGCUAUAGUUAUGAGGUAGAUAUCCAUGACUUUUUUACAGACGCUAAUUUUUUCAUUGUGACGUAAUUGUAAAAUUUGCAAGUGAAUAAUUGUUUAAUUUUUU